CGCAUGCGGAAACGUGUAAUGUGACCUCACCAAGAUGGCAGCGGAAUUGUGUGUACGGGCCCCGGCAUAAACUGUCGGGAACUAAAGCAGCUCCUGUCGAUAUGGAUAAGAGAAAGAAAACGUUCAUUGUGACGGCAUCUUCGUUAGUCGAUCUGAAGGCCGAACUUUAUCGGAAGCAGGAAGAGUUCAAGCAGGAUAAACUUCUGAAAGACGCAGGAGGUCAAUAUAAGGUGAAGUCAUGUAACAAGAAACCAGGUAUCUGGAGCAAACAAAAUAUAGGCGUCUCUGAUCGGGCUGAGAGGGAUGUUGAAGAAAGGAUUGAGGAACAACAGACGCUUGAUAAAUCAAGACAGAGGUUGGAGGAAAAAGCAAAGCUUUAUGAUCAGAUGACCAAAGGAGAUUUUCCAGAUGAAGAAACAGAAAGUAUGUACCUGGUGGACUUCACACAGAAGAUUUUUGAUCAGCAGAACGAGCUGCAGGCAUCGAAGGCAGUUGAGAGUGAGAAGGAUGAGGGUACAGCACCUGCUUCUGAUGUUGCACCACCUCAGGACGCCGAUGAAGAAUGGGUGGACUAUGUGGAUUCUUUAGGCCGAUCUCGAAGAUGCAUGAAGAAAGACUUGUCAGGUCUGCUCGCUAUGGAUAAAGAUCUAAGUGGGUCAAGGCAGGAGGCCGAUGAAAAGACAUUACUUUCUGAAGACAUGAGACGGGAGCUUCAGCGACAGCAGUGGGAAAAGGAGGAAGAGGAAGCACUGAGCAAACCAAUGGGACCAAUGCACUACGAGGACAUCCGUCAAAAUGAGGCUCGUGAGCUGGGUGUAGGUUAUUUCGCUUUUGCUCGUGAUGAAAGCACCAGGAAGAAGCAGAUUGAAACCCUGGACAUGCUGAGAGAACAGACUAUGGACCAGAGAACCAAACGAGAGAAACUUAAGGAGAAACGCAAAGCCAUGCUGAAUGUCAGACUGGCAAAAGUUCGUGAGCGGAAGAUAAAGAAGCUGAAAGCUGAUGGAAUCGAAAUUCCUGCAGAGUUGCAAAACGAAGGUGAAGAGACUGGGGAACUGGUGCCAGAGCCAAUAACUUCAGAACUGGAUACAAGGCAGAACGAAGUCACCAACCCAAGGAAUAAGAAAGUGGAAAUUGUAAUACAGGAGCGAAAGGACACAAAACAUGGUCUGCCACACAUCCGGGAAUGGGACAGAGGGAAAGAGCUACUGUUUGAAAACUGGUCCAAGACGCAAAGGGAUGAGAGACUGUCUGAAUUUGCACCACCUUCAGAAUAUUACAGUGACUCCAAGAAAUCAAACUAUGGAGAGUGGAAGAAGGGCCAGCUGGGACCUUCCUCCCACCAGACGGCACAGUUUGAGGGACAGCACUAUUCAAACAAGAAGUGGCAAAGCAAUUUGAACUUCCAUCAGCCAGCCAAUAGCAAUUCUCUAGAUGAUAUGUUGUCUUAUUACAAGCAUUCUACCUGAACAGGAGGAAUGACCCACAGACAGGUCUGAUUAAAGCAUUUUCCCCACAGUUCAGCUAUGCUGACAUCUCUCUGCUAUCCAAUUGUCUGAACACUGACAAUUGUUAAUAUAGAAUUAUUCACACAAAUGUAUAAUACUGAGGAAAAGAUAAGUACAGCUGAAAGUGUUAAGAGCUGGGUUUUCUUUUUUGAAUUACCUCUUUCUGGAGGUGUGGCCAUUUUUGCUUUUUAAUGACACGUAUUGAAGGCUUGGAUAAGGACCUCCAGCUGGUGGUAAGCAGUGUAUGCAUCUUCCCACACCACUAUCAUGGUUAAUGGGCAAGUAUCGGUGUCCUGUCACUGAACUCCACAAUUAGUUGCAAUGAUAAUGCCAAAACAUUAAAUAAACCUAGCUGUCUAUCAUUGGCCUUUUAAAAAUCAGACAAACUAUGACAGCAAGACUGCUUCAGCCACUAAUAUUUGGACAUGUAAUUAAUAAAAGGGGAAGUUGGUGGCACAUUAAUCAACUGUACUAUAAUUGUUGAAAAACUGCCAUGAGGUUUUGACAGUGAAUGAUAUAACAUUAAAGUUUCACUGAAAAUACAGUUGAAGUGUGAUAAAU